AUGGGAUUGAAGAAGAAAACAUAUGAAAUAUCAACUCUUUGUGGGGUUGAUGCUUGUGUAAUCAUCUAUAAUUGGACGUCAGAUGAUCGCCCUAUGGAACCGAUAUUUUGGCCUUCAAAUCCUGAGGAGGUGAAAUCCAUUAUCAAUAGGUACAAAGAACAUAGCAAGGAGGAGAGAGGGUUGAAAACCCUAGAUUUAUCAGGCUUUUUCGAGGAAAGGACUAAGAAGAUCCAGAAAGAGAUUUCAAAAUUAGGCCACCAAGGUGCAGAUCAGACUAAAUACCCCACAUGGGACGACCGACUAAAUGAUCUAUCAACAGAUCAACUUAGGGAACUCGUGAAUGCAUUGGGCAACAAGCUUGAAGUCAUCAAGUCUAGGGUUGAGUUAUUGAAGAUGAGUCAAGCUCUGUUAGAAGGGCCUGCAUCGGUAAACCCUAGUUAUCCUAAUAAUGCAAUGCCAUCAACACAGAGCUUGCAUGUUCCUUAUAUGGGCGCGAUUGACUCAAUGCCGUUAGUACCAAACCCUAUGACUCCUAUGAUGAAUCCAAGAAUGACUAAGGUGAUGAUGGCAAUGAUGACAAACGACAACACUAAUAGUUCUCAAUUCAGUGGCCCAUCCAACUGCACUAACAACACUCAGUAUACUCCACCAUUGCAACACCCAUUUUACUAUGAUCCCACGUCAGGACUUUUGGAGAAUAUAGUGUACAGCAAUCCUGGACCAUCAUCGUGCUACUACCCGCCUGCCAUGCUGCCACCAAUACUUCCAUACAUCCCGAAUCAAAUGAUAACAAAUGUUCCUCAAAUAGCCAGAGAUUAUGAUAUGAAUGAAUUGGAUGUAAAUGAUAACAAGCAAGGUAUUAGAUAUGGAUGA